GCCGCAACCUCCUCUUCGCUCCCGCCGGCAUAGCAGUCGGUGCCCGUCGGCCGUGGGGACAGACAGCAUCAUAAAAUCUUACCCAAGUGAAAAUGGCCUUCAGCAAUCUGACAUCAAAGGCUGUACUACUGUAUGAUGAAUGGAUUAAAGAUGCCGAUCCAAGACUGGAAGGCUGGCCCCUCAUGUCUUCACCUUUUCCAACAACCUUUAUCAUUGGAACCUACAUUUAUUUUGUUACUUCCUUGGGACCCAAACUCAUGGAAAAUAAAAAACCUUUUGAACUCAGGCAGAUAAUGGCAUUUUAUAAUUUUAGUGUGGUAGCCCUCUCUUUAUAUAUGACUUAUGAAUUUCUUAUGUCAGGUUGGGCUACAGGGUAUUCAUUCCGGUGCGACAUUGUUGACUACUCGAGGUCACCUACAGCUCUAAGAAUGGUACGAACUUGUUGGCUUUACUACUUUUCCAAGUUCAUUGAAUUAUUAGACACUAUAUUUUUUGUCCUGCGUAAGAAAAACAACCAAGUUACAUUCCUGCACGUCUUUCAUCAUUCCAUCAUGCCAUGGACCUGGUGGUUUGGAGUCAAAUUUGCUGCAGGUGGUUUAGGAACAUUUCAUGCUUUGCUGAACUGUAUUGUGCAUGUUGUCAUGUACACUUAUUAUGGAAUCUGUUCUUUGGGACCAGCCUAUCAUAAAUAUUUGUGGUGGAAAAAAUACAUGACAACUAUCCAGCUUGUCCAGUUCAUUAUGAUUACAGUCCACAUAGGACAAAUCUAUAUCAUGGAUGAUUGUCCGUACCAGUAUCCAAUUUUCAUGUUUAUUAUUUGGCUGUAUGGCUCUAUGUUUUUAGUCUUGUUUCUCCAUUUCUGGUACCAUGCUUACACGAAGGGACAAAGACUACCAAAGGUUUCAAGAAACGGGAUCAGCAAAGAUCAGUGAAAUAAACUCGUCUCUGAAAUAGGGGUAUAUGUCAAAGUGGAAAUGUGCACUACUUGAC